CAAGCCCGUACAAAGUUCAACUGCCUAACGCAGGGAUUUCUUGGAGUAGCAUUUAAGACUAUUAUUUCACCCCCACCACCAAACAGGCAUCAAUUGUUAUAAUUGCAUCAGAAAGGUGAAUUCAUACAUACUAUCAUCAUUUUAGGCAUCUCAUUAUUAUUCAUCACAAAUGGAGGUUGGUUUAAAGACCAUCUUCAUCUUCCUCCUCCUCACUACCCUUGCAUUAUUAUUCACAGCCCCAAAUCUACAACUUUCACCCGCAACAGUGCUCUAUCACAGAACUCUAAUUGGGUUCAAAACACCACAUGUCAAUCUCUCACCGGCACCCGCACCUUUGCCACUACAUUCUCCACCUCCAGCUCCAGCUCCAGCUCCAGUUCAUCAUCUCCAUAGGCAUCGUUUGGCACCGAUUCCACCGCCCAUUGGGCGUGAUGUUCGACCAGGAAGAAGAGUUCUUGUUGCGCUUCUGGUGUCUGCUGGUGCUGCUACAUUGAUUAUUAGUCUCUUUGCUCUAUUAUGUAUGCUUUGGAAGAAAAAAUCCAAGAAUACGAAAAAGGUAAUAUCCGAUCCAGUUCCAAAGAAUUUUUAUCUCGAAUCCUUAGGAACUGUCUUGGACCCGCCCCCGAUUUACAGCUUCAAACAAGAACAAGAUUCUCGUGAAUCAGAACAACAACAACAACAGGAAGCAGAUGCUGACAAUGUACAACAUAAUAAUCAUUUUAUUAUGAUGAAUAGUAUAACAAAUUCAGGAAAUCUGGAUUGUUCUACUGGUGGUGGUGUAGUAGCAUCAACUGAAGAAUCAUUGAAGUUUGUUGAGCCAGUUUUUUUUGGUUCUCCAAUUGCUCAACUUCAAAUUCAUGUGGAGUCACAUGAUUCAUCUGAUGAUGAAUCUUUUCAUUCUUUUUGUAACUCGCAUGAUUCCUCUAAUCCAAGAAUAUCGGAUGCUUCAAAUACUUGUGACACAUUAGAGCCACCAACAUCAACUCCACCACCACCGCCGCCGCCACCUCCGCCGCCUCCACCAUCGUGUCUUACUCCCGCCAAAUUUAAGUCCAAAACAGUCCGUUUUGAGAAGAAACAUGAUGCUUGUUCUGGAUCAAACAAAACCACCCCUAUACCUCCACCACCAAUGCCACCAUCGCCUCCCAAAGGAAGUGUGCAGCUUCCGCCGCCACCACCGCCACCACCGCAGAUCGGGAAAGAUGGAACUCCGCUGCCGAAACUGAAGCCGCUUCAUUGGGAUAAAGUACGGGCUGCAUCGGACCGAUCUAUGGUGUGGGACAAGCUGAGAUCAAGCUCAUUCGAGUUUGAUGAGGAGAUGAUCGAGUCGCUUUUUAGUUACAAUCUACAUAAUGUUAAUGAUGAAAUGAAAAGCAAAAGCCCGUCUCCUAGUAAGCAUGUUCUCGAGCCUAAACGACUUCAGAACCUUACGAUUUUGUUGAAAGCUCUCAAUGUCACUGCCGAACAAGUUUGUUGUGCGCUAGUGCGAGGAAAUGGACUUAAUUUACAGCAGCUAGAGGUACUCAUAAAGAUGGAACCCACUAAAGAAGAAGAAGGUAAGCUAAUCGGGUAUAAAGGUGACAUGGGUUCCGCCGAGACAUUCGUUGCCACGAUCCUUACGAUACCAUAUGCGUUCCUAAGAAUCGAAGCAUUGCUUUACCGAGAAACGUUUGAAGACGAAGUGACUCAUCUCCGGAAAACAUUCUCAGUUCUAGAGGAGGCAUGCAAGGAACUGCGAUCGAGUAGGCUAUUCCUAAAGCUACUGGAGGCAGUACUGAAAACCGGAAACCGGAUGAAUGUUGGUACAAUACGGGGAGGAGCAAAAGCAUUCAAGCUCGACGCAUUACUUAAACUAGCUGAUAUCAAAGGAACUGAUGGAAAAACAACAUUACUCCACUUUGUAGUCCAAGAAAUCGUUCGUUCAGAAGGCGUUAGAGUAUCUGAGAGCAUCAUUGGGAAGAUCAAUCAAAAGGGUCAGCAAAGAAACACCCUACAAAGAGAAGAGGACUAUAGAAACAUGGGGUUGGAACUUGUGGCUGGCCUGAGUACAGAGUUAUGCAAUGUGAAGAAAACUGCCACCAUAGACUUUGAUGUAAUCGCGAGCUCAGUUUCUAAUUUAUCUCAAGGGAUGGAUAGAUUGCAAAGAUUGGUGAGCCAAGAUUUGUUGCACAAAGAAAACACUUGUAGUUUUGGGGAAUCUAUGAAAUCUUUCAUGAACUACUCGGUAAAACAUCUCAAGGAGUUGGAGGAAGAAGAACGCAAAGUGUUAGAACUUGUGAAAGAGAUUACCGAGUACUUUCAUGGAAGUAUGAGUAAAGAUGAUGCGAAUCCACUUCGUAUUUUCGUGACUGUUAGAGAUUUUUUGGCAAUGUUAGAUCUUGUGUGUAGAGAGUUGAGGAGAUCAAAAGUUUUUGGUCACCCCAACUCUAUUGCACCCUUUCAAUAGAAUAUAUGAGUGUGAUUGUUGAUACGUUUGUUGGUACUUGGUAGAUUGUAAAAAAUGAACUUGAUUUGGAUCUUUUGGCUCAUACCUUGGUUGGUGGUAAAUAAACAUGUUCCUAUGCA